CAUAAGAGCAGCCACAAAAACAAAGAGCAGCACAAAUUGCAGUUCUCUCCUUAUGUUCGGCAUAUGGAAACUCUUUUCUUCAGCAUUAUGACAAAGUUCAUUGUUGUUGCGUUCCUGUUACUCCACACAUCGGCUUCCUCUUCUUUCUCCUCUUCUCCUGGAGCUGCAGGCAUGUUGGAACCACUGUAUCAAUACAUAGAUGACCACCAAAAUCAGUCUGUUCAGGAGAUACCAGUGAAUAUAAAACUCAUCAUUGAGGGUCUGGAGGAGGUGGGCUCAUACGGUCUGUUGGAGUUGACCAGGAAGAGAAACGACAGCUUCUUUGCAGAUAUGGACUUCAUAGUGAUCUCUGACAACGUAUGCGCGACCAGAACCCCAGCCCUGACCUAUGGAACCAGAGGGAGCAGCUAUUUCUUUGUGGAGGUUGAUAGCCCUAAACUGGACUUCCAUCCUGGAGUGUAUGGGGGUUCAAUCCAGGAGCCCAUAUCAGAUCUGAUAGCCUUACUGGUGUUUGGAGUGGAACCGGAGCUGAUCCGUGAGGGCUCCACCAUCCCUAUCGCGCUGAACUUCCAAGAGGAGAUGGAACCGGAGCUGAUCCGUGAGGACUCCACCAUCCCUAUCGCGCUGAACUUCCAAGAGGAGAUGGAACCGGAGCUGAUCCGUGAGGGCUCCACCAUCCCUAUCGCGCUGAACUUCCAAGAGGAGAUGGAACCGGAGCUGAUCCGUGAGGGCUCCACCAUCCCCAUCGCGCUGAACUUCCAAGAGGAGAUGGAACCGGAGCUGAUCCGUGAGGGCUCCACCAUCCCUAUCGCGCUGAACUUCCAAGAGGAGACAGGCAAGAGAGUGUGAUGAUGGAGAGCACUCUCAGAAUGAGAAGAUCAGCAGGUACAACUACAUUGAGGGGACGAAGCUGUUAGCUGAUUCUUUUGAUGAGAUCUCACUACUACAGAAGGUACAGGAUAUAUUUCCAUCCAAGCUGUGACCAUGAUAAUUAUGCUGUAGGUGACAGUAUUGUGCUAGUUGAGUGCCUGGGUUUACAUCAAUAAUGGCUGAUCCCAUGCUGUGACUCCACUCUCCCAGGGUUUCUCAGGGGGAGGGGGAUAUCCAAGAACCACAUGUCCAUUUCACCACACAAUGAAUAGCUUACACACUUGUACAUGUGUGAAACAGGACAAAUAUAACCACCCCUAUUUGACCGUUGAACAGGUAUUAUUACAUAGCCUGAAUGAGGUUUAUUACUUACCAUAGGAACAACAUUUUAGCACCCUCUAGUAUAACUAUUUCUAUGAUUUGUAUUUUAUGCAUGUAUUCUACUCUGGAUGAACUAAUAAAGGGAGCAAA